AUGUCCUGCAGCCUCUUCUUGGAGGAUCGAGGCUGCCUUGUGCAAGCCACGCGCCUGCGAGCGAACAAGUUGAUUGGUGAUGAUGAUGCUGAUGAUGUAGUUCAUCUAUGCAGCUUGCACUGGCCCUGUUUGCACCACUGGCACUGUCCUACUUUUCAAACAUCAAACCUCUUCUUCAUGUUGACGUCCAAAGCAAACACCAUGAUCCUCGUGCCCAUCUUCUUCGUGCCACUCCUGCUCCUGCUCCUCCUCCCCGUCACCGCCUCCGACGUCACCGUCACCAUCACCGUCGCCCCCGCCAUUCCGUCGCAGGAACCGUCCUACUCGAAGCGCUACGUCUUCACGUCCGCCGUCCUCAACAGCACCAACACCUACCGGCGGCAGCACAACGCCUCUGCCCUCGCCUGGAACGCGACCCUCGCCUCCUUUGCCUCGUCCUACCUCGCCGCCGCGCGCACAGACGCCUGCAACUUUUCCCACUCGCGCGGGCCGUACGGCGAGAACAUCGCCAUUGGCUACGCCAACGCCACGGCCGCCGUCGCCGCCUGGGGCGACGAGCGCGGGAUAUACGACUUUGGAAAGCCCGGCUUCGAGCACGCCACGGGGCACUUUACCCAGCUGGUGUGGAAGGGCACCACGACAAUGGGAUGUGAGCGCGUGCUGUGCGGUGUGAGGGGCUGGUUCGUCGCGUGCGAGUACUGGCCGCCGGGCAACGUGCAGGGGCAGUACGACGAUGAGGUGCAGAGGCAAGUGAGUGGUGAGCAAAGAGUAAGGGCUGGCUUAAAGGGAGUGGUGGUAAUAGUGACGGGAGUGGUGGUUUGGCUUUCUUGGACGUGA